UGAGGAUGAAUAUUUGAUCCCCCGAUAAUAUAUGGUUGAAUAUCUGAUUUCCGAUGGGUAUAACGAUGGAGAUAAAAAUUAAAAAUCCAAUGAGGAUGAAGAUAGGGAUGAGGAUAAAUAUAAUAAAUGGCUAUGGAGAUAAAAAUUAAAAAUCCAAGAGAAUGAGGAUGAAGAUAGGGAUGAGGAUAAAUAUAAUAAAUGGAGACAUGGACACGUAGGAUAUAAAAUCUAAUCCCAUUCAAAUUCCGAUUCUCUUUGAUAAUCAUAGAUAAAUUUUUAUCGAUAAACCAGUGAUCCGGUGUUGUAAUUCAAAUACCGAUCCUUGAUGCAAAUUUGAUCUGGUGUUCCAUCCCAAUGAUUCAGCUAGUCAAAUACUUAUCGUUGGCAUAUGACUAGCACACAAGAAGGAAGAAACAUUAAUAACGAAGAAAACAAAGAAGAAAAUGUGGGUCCAUUGAUCCAUUUCCAUCUCGCUGUUUACUUUGCUGAACUUUUUAUUGAAUUUUUAAUCCCUUGCCCUACUCUUUAUUGAAUUUCAAUAAGUUGAGGAUUAAAAGGUUAAUAAACUUUUAUAAUAUUAUAUAAGAAAGUAAAGGGUGUAAAACAGAAAAUUUUCUAUUUACAUGCUCUUGGAUUUUGCAUAUCGUUGCCAAAAAAAAAAAAUAGAGAAAAUAAAAACUGCACUAGCUUCCGAUCUUCCUGUUGAAACCUUGUAAAUGAGUGAAAGAGUGAUUGAGAAUCAGAGAGAGGAUUUGAAGCAAUCUGAUCGAUCGUGCGUUAUUGAGAAGCGAGAAGCUAAAAGAUCAAAAAGUAAAAGGGAAAUCUGUGUGUGUCCGUCCAAUUCCACAGAAGAAGCCUCCAACUUGCGGUACCUGACACCGCCUUCUCAUUUGCUUUACAGCCCAUACAGCAGACAUCCCCCCUUCUCUCUCUCUUUCUCUCUCUCUCUCUAUCUCAUUUCUUCGAGUUUGUCAAUCGCCUCUGCCAACGAGCUUUUCCGGCAUUUCCUUCCAAAAUCUGCUGUCGAAUUUGCCUGGGGUUGUUCCGGAAGGGAGAGAAGGGGAGAGGCGGAAGAAAGAGUAACGAAAAAAGAGAACUUUGCUUCCGCAUUGAUUAAUUUCUUUGAGUUUUAUCUGUCGUUGACCCUUUUUUAGGAUUUUCUUUGAAAAGCUGCUAUCUUUAAUGCUUCUGGGAGAGAAAGGAGCCUCGUUCGGUUGUUUGAUUUGACUCUGGUUGGACUUGUUUGGGAAGGGAAUUACGUAAUAGGGGAGAAGAGGAGGUGACAAUAUGGGAAGCCAACAUUCUUAUUCUGGGUCGGUGAUGAUGAUUGAUCGAAAAGCAUUGAAUUAGAUCAUCGCGAGAUCGGGAAUGCUGGAGGGCACCGAUCUAGAGGCGAACGGUGGACGCGGGUCAUCGACAACGCCUUUUGGGGCAGCCGGCUGCGCCUUGUUGAAUCGUUAGAUUGGCCUGGUUGAGCGGGCAUGUUCAUGGCAUUUUUCUCAACGCAGGGAAUGUAGAUGAUGAGCGAAUGAAGCGACAUCGUCGUGAGCUGAAGUCCUCGUUCUGGAAAAAAUUGCAGGCUAAAUGUCAAGACAGGCUAAUUUUCAAAAAUUCAUUCCUCUGCACUGAAGUGGAUUCCCUUACCAGAUGUCAAGGACUCUUGCAGCAGCUCUAGGAGGUGCUGCAGGAGCUGUGACUGUUGUGGGGAUAACGGUUAUUAUAUUUGUAUACUAUUGUUUGCUGCGUAAUAGGAGCAUCUCAAAAACAUCAGAGACAAAUUCUUCUGAUCCAUCCCUACAAGCUGGACAGAACGUUGAGACAGCAGAAUUGCAUGGAACUCAAUGUUUUACACUCGAGGAGUUAAAUUUGGCUACAAAAAAUUUCAACAGCAUCAACCUGAUUGGCUAUGGAUUGCUCGGACAAGUGCACAAGGGUUUGCUUCAAAAUGGUAUUCUUGUAGCUAUAGAAAGAAGGUCAUCUUCCCCAAGCCCACAAUUUAUUGAAGAGGUUCGCUAUCUUUCUUCUAUUCGCCACAGAAACCUUGUGAGCCUUUUAGGUUACUGUCAGGAAAAUGAUCUGCAGAUGCUUAUCUAUGAGUAUAUACCAAAUGGAAGUGUCUCAACUCGCUUAUAUGGUUCAGUUCAAUCAUUGACUGGAAAAUUGGAAUUCAAGCACAGGCUUUCCAUAGCCAUUGGGGCAGCUAAAGGCAUGGUCCAUCUGCAUUCCCUGAAUCCUCCUCUGAUUCACACGAACUUUAGUACAAUGAAGGUUCUUUUAGGUGAGGACUUGACACCUAAAGUUGCAGAUGCUGGUAUCCGUGGUUUACUUAAUCGCAUUGACGGUGCUGCUUCAUCUUCAAGGAUGUCUGAAGAUGAUCCUUUCCUUGAUCCCGAUGUGUGCGCGUCUGGAAGAUUCUCCGUAAAGAGUGAUGUAUAUAGCUUCGGUGUGUUUCUUCUUGAGUUAGUAACUGGAAGAGACGUUGCAUCUGAUAGAAGCAUCAUUCAUCAGACACAAAACUAUCAGGAUGGCAGCGAUAUCUUAAAACUCGUCGAUGACAGGAUGGGCAGCAACUUCUCCCCAGAAGGAAUCAAGGCAUUCAUGUGGCUAAUUGCAUGGUGUCUGAACUCGCCGAGCGAGGAACGCCCGUCCAUGAGAUUCGUUGAACUGGAACUUUGCCGGAUUCAUGAGAAAGAAAUGAGCUUGACUACCGUCAUGGGCGAAGGAACUACUACUGUGACCCUUGGAAGCCAGUUAUUUACUACCUAAUGGCAAAGGGGGGCUUCCUUUCAAAUGUACAUCAGUUCAUUUAGCAUUGUUGUGAAACUAUUGUAUCUGUAUCAGCUGCAAGUUGUGAAUAAGCCAUCAGCUGCAUAUUCAUUUAUUUCUUUUUUGUUUUUGUUCUUGCCAUAUAUAUUUGUAUAGCAUUGUUGUGGAUAAAACUGUGUGAUAUUAUGUGUUCAUCGAUGUGGUUGAACUUGGAGAAAAUCAAUAACAUGAAUACCCUUCGCACUCUA